GGCUAGACGGCGCUGGGCGAUUCAUGUGACGUCACAGGAUAGAUCCCGGAUGUACUGCGCAAGCGCCGUGCUGCUGUCAUGGCGGCGCCCUGUGUAUGGAGACAUCUCUGAGGAUCCCUGGUAUCAGCAGGAGACAGCGACAGCUUCUUCCCCGGGACCCGCAGCGCCGCCAUGUGCCCUGGCCCAGGUCACUGAGGCGUCGCGGCUGGAGCGCUGUUCUCGUCUCUUCCUCUGUGAAUGUGCCGGCUCUCCGCCGUUUCUGAGAGAAGGAGGCAGCAGCAUGUCCGCCCACAUGUAUCCGGUGUCUGUGACCUUCCACGACGUGGCGGCCUGUUUCUCCGCUGAGGAGUGGGGGGUGUUAGAGGACUGGCAGAAGGAGCUGUAUAAGAAGGUGAUGCGGGACAUCCACUCUUCCCUGGAGGAGAUGGGCUUCCAGAUCCUCAACCCUGACGUAUUGUUCCGGAUUAAGAAGGUGAAAGAUCUGUACAUCGACGUCUGUGAGACGGAACGAGGCGUCACCAGCGCAGCAUCCUCUCCCAGAGAACAAGGCCGCAUUAUGGGACUGAAGCAGGAGAGGGGCUCCUGCAGGAAGAGAGGAGCCAGGCCGGCCGCACACCCAGAUUGCAGCCCGGAUAUAUUGCUGAGGAUAAAGCAGGACGAGCUGACGUCUUUCCGGGACCUUCCACCGCAGAGCCCCACGCACAGCGCCGCGGAACCCAUCGUCUCGCCCGUGUUCUCGCUGCAGAGAGAGGAGGAGAAGACGUUACAUCCCGCGGACAGGUCAGAGGUCAGGACCGGCCACAUACACAGUGAGUCUGGGGGAGUCCAUAGCACAGAGCAGAUAUGGAUUCCAGAUAGCGCAUUUCCCACUGAUCAUUAUUCUGAUAUUAGCAACAACCAUAAGAUGAGGCGGCUCCGAUGUGAGGGCACCCGGGCGCCAGAGGCAGCUGCUUCCGCUUUCCAGAUGGAGAAACGUAAAGAGAAGAGAAAAUGCAGCUCGAUGUCUGCGAUGGUGACGGUGACCUUCCACGACGUGGCAGCUUGCUUCCAGCAGGAGGACUGGGACAUCAUGGAGGAGUGGCAGCAGGAGCUGUACCGGGCCGCCAUGCGGGAGAUACACUCUGCGCUGCGAGACUUGGGGUUCAGAAUCCUCAACCCAGAGCUGCUGGUGAAGAUUGAGAAGUCGAGUGACAGUGGACGCAAUGAGACACCCUCAACAAGUAAGGCGGUCCUUGUCCCAGACAUCCUGCUACAGAUAGAAGAAGAUGCCGCCCUGGGAGCAGGCAGAGUAAGGGGAAGACCUCCAUUAGACACCACACGAGGCGGCCGCGGCCGGAAACCAGAACAUCCCAUGAAGGUUAAGCAGGAGGAUGACACUUAUUACUCCGAGCGGGAGGCAGAGGACUGUAAAGCGCCGUCACCGGAUCCACAUGAGCUGGUCGUUGUGGUGAAACACGAGAGCGUGGAGGACGAGCAGGAGCCGGAGGAGACGCUGAAGGAGGAGAACGAGAAGACUUUGCGGGAUGACCGUCAGUCUGAAGACAGCGCAGAGAUAUCUGACAACGGCAUCAAGUUUGAGAGUGAGAACAGUAUGGAGGACACGUCCCUUGGAGAAGCUGGGAAAUUGUCUGGCCACGUCCCCCUGAUUGGCCCCGAUGGGGACAACGUCUUCCUCUUUUCCGACACUGGAAUUGCCCUGAAUCGGGCUCUGCCUCAGGAGUACACCCUGGAGAACGCCCUGGAGUUUGAGAAGUACCUGAGCAGCUUGGCUCACCCCGCCUUCCUGAUGAGGGACUGCCAGAGGCCGCCGCCGCCCCGCAGCGAGUUUGAACGGGGCUUUUAUGAGAAUUACAGCAUCCACAGCAAGCAGCGGCUGAUGUUGAUGGGGGAGAAGCGUUACCGCUGCUCGGAGUGCGGGAAGGGCUUCACCAGGAACUCUCACCUGAAGGCCCACAGAAGAAUCCACACCGGCGAGCGGCCCUUCAGGUGCACUGAGUGCAACAAGACUUUCAGCGAGAACUCCCACCUCACGGUUCACCUGAGGGUGCACUCGGGGGAGAAGCGGUACAAGUGCAACAUGUGUGAGAAGAGCUUCAGUGAGAACUCCAACCUCAUCGUCCACCAGCGGAUUCACACCGGGGAGAAACCGUACAAGUGCCCGGAGUGCGAGAUCUGCUUCAGCCAGCACUCCAGCCUGGUGCGGCACCGUCGCAAGCACUCGGGCGCCCGGCCGUACAAGUGCACCGCCUGCGAGAAGACCUUCAGCCAAAAGGGCCACCUGAGCAACCACAUCCGGACGCACACGGGGGAGAGGCCGUACAAGUGCGCUGAGUGCGGCAAGUGCUUCAGCGAGCACUCUCACCUAACGGGGCAUCAGAAGAUACACACGGGGGAAAAGCCCUACACCUGCGACGUCUGCCAGAAGGGCUUCAGCAAGAUCUCCAACCUGAAGGCCCACCAACAGAUCCACACGGGCUACCGGCCCUACAUCUGCACCCAGUGUGGCAAAAGCUUCACUCAACACUCCACCCUAGUCCGACACCAGAGGGUCCACGUUGGGAAGAUCGACUCUUUCUGGAGAAAAAUAUACGAGGACUCUGUAGAAGCAACCCAAGAAGUGUCCUGGAAAGAGGGCCACGUCAUCAAGGGCAUGGAGUGUUUCAAUGGUCGGGAAGCCGAGGAGGCACUGGCCGGUGAUCCUGGCCAGCGGUGUUGACCAUCUGAGAAGACUGUGUGGUCCUACACCAUUCCCGUCCUCACGGUAUCACUCUCCUUGUCCAUGUAGGGACUUGUCUAAUGUCAAAGCUAAUGUUUUACCAAUUCCAUUUCAACUUAUUUAUUUCAGUUUGAUAAAUGUAUUUAAGCUUUA